AUGUCUGAAUCUGGAAGUGCAAGCGAUGCAAAACUGUGUGCCAACAACUGUGGCUUUUAUGGAACUCCGAAGAAUCGAAACCUGUGCUCCGUCUGCUACGCCGCUUCCCUCAAAGAAACCGGCGAAGAUUCUGGACGACGAGAGAGCUCACACGACGUCGUUCCUGGCGCAGAGCUCGUUGGAGUUCACGACGAAGCACCAGAUUUCGGAACGAGAGAGUCUUCUCCUCCGGCGCCGGCGUCGGCAUCGGCAUCGGAGAGUACUAGUUCUGCAACCUCUGGAUCGGAGGCCGGUUCGAGUAAUCCGGCGCCUAAAACCAAAAAUAGGUGCACGAUCUGCAAGAAGAAGGUCGGAUUGUUGGGAUUCAACUGCCGGUGUGGAGGUUUGUUUUGCGGCAGACAUAGGCAUCCAGAAGAGCAUUCGUGCGGCGUCGAUCGCAAGGCCAUCGGCCGGGAGAUUCUGGAGAAGCAAAUAGUGGAAUGUAAGGCCGAUAAAUUGGAAUUUAGGGUUUAG